AUGUUACAUCCAGAUAAGACGACAUUUCUUGUCAUAUGGCCCAAGUGUUUUACGACCUUUUUGGGUGUUAUCGAAUUUAUUGCAUUUGUCAUGUUCAUCCUAACCGAACUUUGUAGUGUUGCAGCGAAUUUUUGGGUAACAAAUGUCUUCGCUGGUGGAUGGUGUGGACUAAUCGUUCUUAUCCAUGCGAUCUUUUUAUUUAUCGCUGGACUUUGUUCUCCCGGUCCAUCAUCUGCCUUUCGAGCAGCUCUUCUUACAAUACUUAUGUUUAUUGCCUGUGGUGCAUUAAUAGCUUUUGAUAUCGCAUUUAUCGUUCAACCUUCUACAUGUAUAUUAACUUCAUCGUGUUCUGAUAAUGCGUAUUCUUCAUCGGUGUUUAGUUACAGUUUUCGUAGUUCGUUUUUCUCUGUAUUUAAUAGUUGGGAUCCAUUUAAGACAUAUACGCAAAAUCAAGUGAAACUUCUUUGUCAAGCGAUUCAGUUGGGUUUAGCUGGUCUUUGUAUUAUUGUUGGAAUUGUUUAUUUAGUUAUCUAUUUCGAAUGUUUGAGAAGAUUAAAGAAACAUCAACAACUUGGAAAUAGUUCUUCUCCAAAUCCUCAAAAUUAUAAUUCAAUCAAUGCGAAUAGUGUAUCACCACUUCCCAAUGGACCACGAAGUGCAUUAACACCACCUCCAGUUACACCAGGACAAAUUUUUCCAUCUUCAAUUCAACAACCAGUCUAUAUGGUUCCUCCACCUCCUCAACAACUUUACGUAACUCCAACUUCAGUUAAUCCAACUCAAACAAUUUAUUAUCAUCCACCUCCACCAGCUGUUCAACCGAUCUAUUAUCCUCCUCCUCCACCACCACCUGCUGCAAUUCCGAUUGCUCCACAACCUCAAAUAUAUCGAGCUUCAGCUCCGUUUUCUGCUCAAGCUCAAUCGACUGUGAGACCUUGGUAUGCACACAAGAAUUAUUAA